CCGACGUGUCGCUGGGCGGUCCGGAGUGGAGGGUUCUAGAAGGCGUGAGGUUGGGGGGGGUCUGAGAAGGCUCAGAGGCGGGUUCUAGUGGGUAGUGGUGGCGGCGGCCACUGCGGAGUCUGGGAACACGAACGACUGGAGUCGCGGACGCAGCCUCGUCUGGAAAGCCAUGGCAGCCCUCGGCCGGCCCUUCAGCGGCCUCCCUCUGAGCGGCAGCGCGGACUUCCUGCAGCCGCCGCCGGCCUUCGCCGGCCGGGCCUUCCCGCCAGGAGCCGCCGGCCAUGACCUGGUCCCGCGGCCCGGUGUCCGCGGCGCUCCGAGCAGCCCGGGCGGGAGAACAGCGCGCGAACGUGUUUCCAUUCACUGUAGAAAGAAACACAAGCGAUUGGCGGAAGAUGAUGAGUGUCCCAUAAGAAAGAAGCGACUGACUGAAGCUGAACUCGGUGCAGGUGCUGUUGAGUGGGUUCUCGGCACACGUCAGGGUAUAGAAGGUCAUGGGGUAAACACGUGUCCUAGUGGCCUUUCUGGGCCCAGCAUGCUAGAUGCUGUCUGUGAAGAAAUGGAUCAGACAACUGGAGAACCACAGUGUGAAGUUGCCCGAAGGAGGCUUCAAGAGAUUGAGGACAGGAUAAUUGACGAAGAUGAAGAGGUUGAAAGUGACAGAAAUGUUAGCCACCUCCCAAGUCUUGUCCUUUCUGACACCAUGAAAACGGGUCUGAAGAGGGACUUUGAUGAAGUCUUCACAAAAAAGAUGAUUGAGUCUAUGAGCCGUCCUUCUAUGGAGCUUGUGCUCUGGAAACCUCUCCCUGAACUCCUUUCUGAGAAGCCAAAGCCAUCUUCUAACCCUAAGAACUACAUGGGAGAGAGCCAAACAGAGCCCGCAGCUACAGGCACUGCCUUCCCACAGAGAACUGAACUGUUGCUGGAACCUCCGUGCACAGACACGCCGCUUUACCAUAGUCUGGAGACAGCUGCCAGCACAGAGGAAGAGAUGGAGCUCUAGACCCCAGUUUCUGCUCCAACUUGACAAGUUGUAGAAGGCUCCUGUGUUUAGUCAUGAGCCUGCCUGCAUAGUAUAGGGGCCUGAAAGUUUUAUGAAACGGGUGUAAUAUCUCCUCCGCCUGUGACUUGGGUGGGACUGUCAUUGUGGGUAGCCAUUUAUUGAAUUCAACUUUUUGCCAAGGAAGCUUAUCUCAAGGGAAAUGCAGUUUUUUAGUAGGCUUAUCCAAGAAAUGUUACAGUCUCUUUAAAGACAGCUAUAGAUGCUGGAUGUGUUACGGUGACUUCAGUCAUCUGCCACAUUGUUGAAGCCAUUCAUUCUUGAGAUGAUUCUACACAGGAAUGCUCCUAAUUGCCACUGCACCCUGAUUGCUGAGUCAUGUAUUGAGCUACUUGUAGUGGUCACUGUACAUAUAGGGCUCAGGAGGGAAGAGAGCAGGACUUUGAGUCUCUUGUGAAGGAAUUGAACAAGCAAAGAAGCUUGUAUUGAUGUCAGGUUGGUGUAGCCAGAUCUCUCAGAGCUGUAGCCCUUGGUCUCCUUUCAUGACUGAUAAGCUCAGUUGGUCAGUAAUGUUUACACCUCAAUUAACUUAAGUGAUUGAUUUUAAAGAGUGUGAAGUAAAUUGCCUGUGAGAGAAGUGUCUUUUCAUGAAUCCUAAGGACAUGCUGUGUCAGCUAAACCUACCAUUGAUUGCUUCUAGAGUUUAAAAAGGGAAGGUUGUGCUUGUAUUAGCAAGUUGAGUUUUUUAAUGUUGGUUCCGGAAACAGUGAAUUAGCUGAAAUGAAAUGGACAUGUGUCUUGGGGAUUUAUUGAAAUUGUCUGGUGCUUAAGCUAUUGUGCAGUAAGCCUAAAAGUUAGCAUAAGAUGGCCUCCUACCAGCAGGAAAUCGUUACCCUUUAGUACCCGAACCAGGCUCAAGGUGUUCUUUGGAAAUAACCAGGGUUAAAGUUUUUAAUUUCUCAGGAAGAGCUCUUCAGCGUGGCAGGACAUGUAAUGAAGGCUUUGCAAGUCCUUCAGCGCUGUAGAGCAGUAAGAUAUCCGGUGAGUGGUGGCUCUUUCUACAGCAGAACACCUCCGUUCAGUUUUCAGUUUCUGGGUUUCUUCUCCUUUAUAUAGGGGAAAACAGAAAAGAGGUUUAUGCUGAGUGGAGAUGAAUUUUUAGAAACUUAGCUUCCUGGCAUUUUGCAACCCAUGCUGAAAUCCCUCCUGUGGAUGGCAUAGGAGUCCCACGUCUGUCCUUGGACUGUUUCUCCUCUUGCCUGUUGUUCCUGCUCUCUCUAUUUCUGUCUGGAUGUCAGGAAAAGGUUUAAUGUUUAAUAUUUAAACAAAAUAUUUAUGUCUGCACAAUAAAGUUACUCAACCUUCAAACCAGUAUUGAAACCAGCUACUUGUUUCUUCAUCUCAGACUCAGAGGUGAAUGAAAACUGUCUUCUGUUGAAACGUGCAAGUGUUUGGCUCGUGUCAUUUGAAAAACUCCUGGCUUGCUUAAUGGGACCAACUUGUGAAUCUCUGUGCUAAGAAGUUUUAGAACAGUUUAGAGAUGUGCAGGGACUGCCAAGAGUCUGGAGUUAGCCCAGUGCUAGGGUAGGAAGGAAGUGGCAGCUUUCCAAAGGGCCUAAAACAUCAGGACUGCCUCUGUGAAAGGCCUGAAGUGGCUUUGAUGCAGUUGGUAACCACUUGAAAGCAGAGAUGUCUUAACUUGUCAGGAGUCCUUACCUGACAUGAGCCUGUUUCAGCAGGAAAGUAGAUGUUUCGUGCUCCCUUUUGGACUUUACCUUCUUGCACAUGUUUGUACAAAAAUCACCUUCGUCCUUGUGGUGCUUACAUCCAACUGUCUCCUCAGCCCUGGUGCCUCUGCCUUCUGUUUUCCUUUCUAGCAUAAGACUUUGGCUUUUGCCUUAAGGUUUUCCUAAGGAAUUAACAGGUCUUUUCAUCUUGUAUAGUUUUUACAGUGUGAAUCAAACAUUGGCUCAGUAUGCUAAUGUGAAGGUCAACAAUUAUCUAAAGCAGGUGAGCUCUGAUGAACAAAUGUGUAUUUUCAGUGAGUCUGAGUAGGGUGUGUGUGGGUUUUUUGGUUCUUGGCUUGGGUUUUUGUUGUUCUUGUUCUUAGUAUGAAGAAAUAAUAUGAGAAUCCAGUUCUCAUGAUAAAAAUCACUUAAAAACUGCUCAUUCUCAAAAAGAUAAAACUAAGAUUUAGGAACAAGACAGGCCUUAGAACUGAGGGGAGACUAUUAGCAGGUUAGUCACCACUUUGGAUCUGGAGCCUGGCUUUGUUUAAUAGUGACAAGAAUGCUGCAGUACUAGCAACGUGAUGGAAAAUGUCAGAUUUGCUUUAAAGAUGAGAAUCUGGUGUUUCUGUAUUUUAUUAUUUUCAAUAAAACUCAAUGUUUUGAACUUUUAAAGUA